AUGUAUUCGAACGAACUCAACGUUGACCAUCGCAAGUUAGCAUCGCUCGACCGAAAGUUUAGAAAUUUGGUUUCCAACGACAAGCAGCAGCGUACCUUCACCCAAGCGCAUCUACUCAAGAUUAUCAAAGAAUAUGCUGGAUUGAUGAAAGACGAAAUUUUCGAACCCGACAGAAGAAACGCACAGUUCAUAAUCGAACGGAUCACAUUGGAGCCGGAGAUGACGCGAUUCGAAGCUCUUGAUCUUCUUUCGCUUCUUUCGAUUGCUUCUACAAAAAAGGCUUGCGACAUAAUUCUCGACAAAAACAUGGCAACGAAGGCUUCUUGCUUCAUGAUGUUGCAGGCGAUCGAUGGCUCAGACGAAGACUAUGACAUCCCUAAAAUCCAACGGACUUAUUUUGGUACAGACCAAGCUUCUGAUGAGCCUGGCGAUCGACUUGAUGGAGCUGCCCCAGAAGGUUCUCCACCAACAACAGCAGUGGUCGAGAAUCGACGACGCUCAUCCAGACAACGACGCCCUCCUCCGCGCCUAUCAUAUUCUCGCCGAGGGCAGCAUAGUUGCCAACUGCUGUGA